AUGAUCGCCACCUUAGACCCGAAGCACGAUACUCUUGAUGAUGUUGAUGUUGUUGUUGAUGAUGCGAAAAGCGGUUUGGGUGACCUGAGCACAGAUGAAUACGAUGAAAACAUCGAGGCCGAACUUCGGGACGCCAUGGGGCGCCUGGGGAAGGCUGGGAGCCUUCUUUCUCUUCAUACACUACCAGAGUCUCUUGGCGGUGUGUCUGUCAAAGGAGUUGGCAACAUUGCCAUGCCUCUUGACGAGAAGCAAGCUCAGCAAAUCAGUGCCCACGCCCGUGACACCGCAUAUAUCGCGACUCUUGAGGCGACAGAUUUCGCUUUGGAUGAAUCUAUAUGGACAGAUACUAUUCAAGGCUUUUUGAAUCAGGCUUCGCGCAAUCUCGGCGUGACUACACAGCUCCGAGCGACACCUUCUACGAUGAUUUUGAUGAAGUCUGGAUUGAGAUAUGGUGAACAUCUUCUGCCCCCGGAACCCGACUCCAUAGGUAGCCUGGUUGUGUUUCUGCCGUCUAAACACGAAGGCGGCGAGAUCGCGUUCAAGGACGGGGAGACGGAAACGGUUGUUUUUGCACCGAAUCGAGCGGCGCAAUCGUUUACAACUUGGCACUACAAGACUGAAUCGCUUCCGAUACAGUCAGGCUAUCUAUGGCUUUUAACUUUUAGUGUUAAUGCCGAUACGAAGCUUGACACGGCGAAACUUGAGCUGCCGAGACAAGAUCAUAUUCUGCUUCAGCAUGUUAAGAGCCUCUCAGACGAACUUUGCUUUGAGAUUUUUCUCGCAGUCGUCAAGAAAGAGAGGGCUAUUGUUCUUAUCCCCCAUGCUAAUGUUAUCUCUUUUUUCUAUGGGUAUAACCAAUAUGGUCGCCCCCAUUCUGAAGAUGGCGCCUGGGCAUUGUUCGGGAUCUAUGCUAGAGCCUGUUUAAAGAUAGAUGCUCCUCCAAGCUCAGCGAUCAUUUUUAAGGAAAUUUGCAACUUUAUGAUGGCUCCUACGCCCGAUCAGAUGGAGGGGUCCUGGUUUAGGAUUCCACCGAUCGACAUUGAUCUUCUUGAUGUCUUAAAUGCAUUGCUCAAAUUCGGGUUCUAUUCUUGGUUCAGCCAUUAUGUUCAAAACGCCAUCGAUUUGCCUAAAUCUUUCCUCCCUCGAUUCUGUAAGUGGCUUUCCAUUGCGGAAUACACUGAGGAAGAACAAUUGGAAGCCAUCGAAAAGGCAUUAGUGGAUGUGAUAAUCGCAUAUCCUCGACCUGCACAGCAACUCAGAGCACUCAAAACAGCUAUUGACCAGAAACAACAAACAACAUUCGAAGGAAUACCAAGGCCGAGAUCUAACGGGAUCCCAACACGAAUGCUUCAUUUUGCUCGCCGCGUUCUAAACACAUGCGUUGAGGCCUGUAAAGACAAACAGUUGGUGGUGCAAGACGGGCGAGCAUUAGCCGAAUUUGCUCUUUAUUUUGACGAUCCAUUUGAGUUUCUACAUCUAGUCAUAGAUAAGAUCGGCCUGGAGCGUCAAACAGCGGCAAUACUCGGCCUGAUACACAAAGUGCAUCAUUAUGGCAUGUAUUCAUAUUUGCUCAAGUUGGAUUGCCUGAAGUUUACUCGGGAGGUAGCCAAGUCUCUGAUCGUGUCGACCAACUUCGAACAAUGGCGUGGCAUAACCAGUGGUCCUUACUUUGAUAGGUUCAAGAAUUUUGCAGUCGACGGCAUGAUGAGCGACAACGAUUAUGAUUAUGACAAUCACGAUGAUAGUGAUCAGGAUAUUCUCGACGAGCAGGAUUAUAUGGAUCUUGAUAAUCUCGACGAUCGGGAUAAUAUGGAUCUUGAUAAUCUCGAUGAUCGGGAUAAUAUUAAUCCCGAUACCCUUGAUGGCCAGAAGGAGUGGGAUGACUACGAGCAGUACAUCGAGGAAAAUGAUCAACAGGUUAUACACGAUGCAUACGACGGGAUGGAAUACCGUUAUGCGGAUUUCUGUCGCACCUAUCGCUAUCAUGAUGAGGAGGAUGCGGGCUCCAUACGCAGGCUUGAUAAGACUCGAUAUGAGCAUCAGUACGGCAAAGCUAAACCUUUGCCCUUUCCUCGGCCUGGAGCAGAAGGAACAGGAGUCCAUUUCAGAACCCUUUACUGUUUCAUCGAUCAACUCCUCAGCCCAGAAGACCAAUUUGACGGGGUUCUUGAACUAGUGGUCUCUAAAAUUGUCGAAGCUGCGCCGCAGAUACCGUAUACCGAAUUCGAGACUCUAUGGAUACCCCUGGUGAAGGAAUUUAUACCAUCAAGGAGACGUUUUGAACUGAUAUUGGAAGAAUACAGAGAGCAGUUGAUGGCAAGAUUGCUCUCUGCAAUCUUGAAGGUAUAUGUCGACACAUGGGUGGGCCAAUGCCCGGAGCGCCCUGGCCAGGCGCGCCCUGGAGUUCGUUGCUCGUGUUCUGACUGUAAAGGGAUGAAUGUCUUUUUAGCUGAUCCUUUACUAAGGGCUGGCCGAUUCAGAGGAGAUCGGAUUAGGGUCAAGCAUGUUUAUGACGAACUGUUGGAAGCAAAUGUCGAUUUCAAGCUCGCUCUAGCAGCGGAUGCCAGUGCUAUAACUAUGUCUGUGCUCAAGUCUCAGUCCCUUUUUACGCAGGCUCUCAGACAAUGGGGAAAUCGACGACAUCACGCGACCAAGCAAGUGGCAAAGUGGGGAUUGGAAGGACUCGAGUUUAUGUUCGGCACUGAGUGGAUGUCCUUUCUGAGCAUGGGUCAUCUUGGAGGCGUUGGGUUCGACAACUUGGAGAUACGAACCCUGUUGAAGCUGGAAACUGGGCUUAACCCAACUUUCGUCUGGGCUAAGACCCCAGACAUGUUCUUUCGAGGCCUGCCGCGGCCACCCACAGCAGCCGGUCAAGCAAGUCGUCCGGCUCGCAAAAGGAAACGGUCAGAGGCAGAUUCAUCCUCGGACGUCUAA